CGAGCCGCAACCGAGCCCCGAGGAUUCCUCGUCAUCCGCUGUCGGUCGGUCACGGAGGCGACGCGAGCCGGCGACGACGAUGAGUCGUCUAUGGUGGUGUCGGGUGGCGCCGCGAUGAAGGCUUGACCGCCGCCGAUGAUCCAUCGCGAGCUCGGCGACGGGGAAAACGCCCUCUGCGACCACGGCGCGUUCCCUGCCUGACCUGACCUUUUGCCGAAGAGAGGGAGAGAGAGCGAGAGAGAGAGAGAGAGAGCGAACGAGCGAGCGAGAGAGAAAACGAGGACGAACGGACUCGCUCGUGAACAGGACGUAGCACGCAGGACGACAUAGUGCCUAUUGUGCGAGAGCCCGUCCGUUAAAUCGGUGUACUCUGCGAGGCGCCAUCGUCAUCGUCACAGCGACGACAUGGAGAACACGGAGAACCGGAGCAGUGCCGUCGAGAUGUCGUGGAAGAUCUUCGAGACAUGAAGAAAGCGCGACCGAGGAUCUCAUGGGUUUCCUUGAGUCGGGGUCGGCGGUAGCAGAGCCGUGAUCAAAAUGAACUUGAUAAACAUGGACGCGGAGAACCGCGUGGUUCUGAACGUGGGCGGAAUCCGGCACGAGACGUACAAGGCGACCCUGAAGAAGAUCCCGGCGACGAGGCUCUCGAGGCUGACCGAGGCGCUCGCCAACUACGACCCGAUCCUCAACGAGUAUUUCUUCGACAGGCACCCGGGUGUCUUCGCCCAGGUACUCAACUACUAUCGCACCGGCAAGCUGCACUAUCCCACGGACGUGUGCGGUCCGCUCUUCGAGGAGGAGCUCGAAUUCUGGGGGCUCGACUCCAAUCAGGUCGAGCCUUGCUGUUGGAUGACCUACACGCAGCAUCGGGAUACGCAGGAAACGCUGACGGUCCUCGACAGGUUGGACCUCGACACCGAGAAGCCUACCGAAGAGGAAUUGGCGAGGAAAUUCGGCUUCGAGGAGGCGUACUACGAGGGAUCUCUCACGUGGUGGCAGAAGCUCAAGCCCCAGAUGUGGUCACUCUUCGAUGAACCUUACUCCUCCGUCGCAGCUAAGAUAAUCAGCAUAGUCUCCGUUUUCUUCAUCUGCGUUUCGAUACUCUCGUUUUGCUUGAAAACCCAUCCGGACAUGCGAGUGCCGGUAAUCGUGAAUCGCUCGGUUAAGACUGACAACGUGACGUCCUGGGUGAUAGACAAGACCCGCACCAACGCCCACGACGUCUUCUUCUACAUCGAGUGCGUCUGCAACGCCUGGUUCACUUUGGAGUUCCUGAUACGUAUCACAGCGAGCCCGAAUCGCUGCGUCUUCAUCAAGAGCUCGGUGAACCUGAUCGACAUGGUCGCUACUUUAAGCUUCUAUGUCGAUUUAGCGUUGCAGCGGUUUGCCGCCCACCUGGAGAACGCCGACAUCCUCGAAUUCUUGAGCAUCAUACGCAUAAUGAGGCUGUUCAAGCUCACCCGCCAUUCCUCGGGCCUCAAGAUUCUGAUACAGACCUUUCGCGCCUCGGCCAAGGAGCUCACGUUGUUGGUGUUCUUCCUCGUACUCGGCAUCGUCAUCUUCGCCAGCCUGGUCUAUUACGCCGAACGCACUCAGUACAAUCCGAAAAACGACUUCAAGAGUAUACCUCUUGGUCUGUGGUGGGCGCUGGUUACGAUGACCACCGUCGGUUACGGAGACAUGGUGCCGAAGACGUACAUCGGGAUGUUCGUCGGUGCGCUCUGCGCACUGGCCGGUGUCCUCACGAUCGCCCUGCCGGUGCCCGUGAUCGUUAGCAACUUUGCGAUGUAUUACAGUCACACGCAGGCGCGAGCCAAGCUACCGAAGAAGAGACGCCGUGUAUUGCCGGUUGAGCAACCACGUGCGGUGAGGGCACCAGGUGCGCCACCCGGCAUGCCCGGCGGACCCGGCACCAUCGGGCCGCCUGGUUGCGGCCAGCAAAUGUCGCAUUUGCAGUCUGGAGGGGGUAGCGUCACCACCGGGCCCCUCGGCCCCGGCAUGGGUCAGACGCCCGGCGUCGCGUGCACUGGCCAAGGCCAAGGGCCGCAGAACCGGAGGAUGAACGCCAUUAAGACGAAUCAUCCCAAGGAUCCGUUCGCCACGAAAGCAGAGGAGGACCGGAGGAUCUCUGACCUACGCACCAACGGGACCAAGUCAGCCGGAGGUUUGGGUUAAGCCAUGAUGUAAAAAGAUGAGAUGUAACGUUCCCGUGAAUGCGCACUCGUCCAAACUAAUAGCGCGCUCUCUCCUUGACCAAACUGGGAAUUGGUCCCAAAUGCAGUCCGAAAAGCAGUAAACGAUCACUAGCGGUAGUAGUGCGAGUUAGCGCGGCAGAUUACGAUUAGGGUAGCCCACGAAGAGAUCUCGCCAGAUCGGUUCUUACUGAUUACACUCCCCCUAGAACGAUCGAUCAUCAACCUCCCACACAUCCUCCCUCGUUCUCGUCACUCGCGCUACAUCGGUGUAGAUUUUCACUUCGCUUCUCCGGCGCGAAUGUCGUGCUCAGUUAUAUUCCGCGUUCGCACGGAUUUCGAUUGGGACUGUGUAUUCUUCGCGCGUGUAAUUGAUUUCGGCAUUUGAGACCGAUUCUCCAUUGGCACGUUCCACUAUGCUGCCGCCAUUAUAUGCGCGACGUUACAGCUUGUCCUUUUAUAUAUCGUGGAUUAAGCUAGAACCAAGUUUAUUCUCCACUACCGAGCAAUACCAUGUGAUGCGGCGGGACUGUUCGUCCGUCUGGAAACUGCCCAGCAAUAGAGAAUAAUCUUGAUUCCUGCUUAAUUCUAGAUUUCAGAAUAUAAUAGGCAUACGUACCGUCGGGACGGAAAGAGUGAGUGCGAGAGUCUCACGGCGGCCAAUCAAUCCCCUUUCGCGUCCCUUUUUCUUUCUUCGCGUUUCAUUUCGGCGGGUCGUAUAUUGAGGCUAGGGGAAUUUUUACUUACGGCUUCCGUGCCGUCCGAGUCGACCGGUGGAGGUUUUGGGUUAAACUGCAAUCAAGAUUAUUCUCCACUGCCGUGGUUAACCCAAACUUCCGGCUGUCUUGGUCCCGCGGAAGCGUAGAUAAAAAUCCCUCCGGCCUGGACUGCAGACUCCGGAUACAAACAAUGGAUAUAUAUCAUAUAUGUAUAUAUAUAUCAGGAUUGGGCGUGUAAAUUGUGAUAUGUAGACGAUGAGUAAUCUAUGUGUGUCGUCCGAAGAAUGUAUGGGCUUGCUCAAAUUAAUUAAUUAGGAAAGACCUGUACUUUUAUUUGAUCUCUAGAAUCUUCCUAAUGUGUAACGAUUGAUAAACAUUGUUUCCUGAACGAGCUAAGCUCCACAGAAUUUUCUCUAAUUAUAUUCUCACCCAUACAAAGAGCUUAAAUCUACCGGUCUGUCGUAUAAUGCAAUGACAAUUUCAUACAUUUGUGUUGGUCCUCUUGAAUAUUGCAUUUAUAAUUAAUAUCCGAAGCAGUUGCGGUAACUCAUAAUUUAAUUACCCUUUCUAGUAUAUUUUAAUAUAAAUUGCAAUAUUCCACACAAUUUAUUGUCUACAUUGUCUACAUGAGAAAUGACCGUGUCGCGUGGAAAAUGCAAACGCGUGAUCUUGAAAUCGGCGACACAAUCCUGAUAUAUAUCGUCGGGACGAAAAGAGAAAUGAAGUGAAUGCGAGAAUCUCUCGGCGGUUACACUAUCACGAGUCAUUUAUCGAUCUAAAUAAGCAAACUGCAUUUAGGAAAUCAAGGAGAAGUUGUGUAGCGAGUAGACAACUCGUUUCUUUAGAGUAACUUACCUCCUUCCUUCGCUUACGUGAUUUGUAUUUUUUAAGGAUUCGCCAAGUAACGCACUUCUCGCGCAUUGAUGAUAGCGUAUAAACGAAUCGAUGUAUUUAACGCUACGUAUUAUCGAUAAUCGAAACAUCAUCAUGUACGACGGAAUCUUAUCCUUUUCCGUUUGAUAAUAACUCGUAUCACGACAUGUUUUAUGAUUUACGCUCGCGACGGAGCACAUACUCUUAUCGUUUCUCGUUCGCGACCUACUUUCAUCUCGAGCAUUUGUUACAAAAAUAAUCGUAAUCUCUCUCCCUCUCUCUCUCUCUUUCUCUCUCUACGAGUGUUUCUCAUCUGCGAACGUGCGACAUCGCGAUCAAAAGCAAUUUCGGUUUGAAUAUCACCUUUGUUUCUUUCUGAUCUCUCGUCAAGAAGACCAAACGAAUCUUUUCGAGUCACCUUUCAGUCUGUUUUACUUACUUCCCGCGGUCUCAAUUUUGUUACCGUCGUUCCGGGUAUAAUCAUUAAUAGGCAGGCGUAAAACGAAAAUAUCCCGCAAGAGUGCAGCCAAAUAUCUAAUACCGUCCACCAGACCACACCGUGUUUGUGACUCACGUAAACAUCGUGUAUCAACCCGUGGCUUCUAAAUUUAAGAUAGACGGUGAUCCAAGGCACAUUGUGGCGAGGGAUAUGCGCGCACAGUAGAAACGGGGGCACAAACUUUAUCGCGGCGCGUUGAGGCUACACGACGCUAUUGUCGAUAUCAUCGUUCGAGUCUAUACGUGUCACCUCGAUGAAAAACGGAGAAAAGAAAGAAAGAAAAGGAAAACGUCGAUCGUUCCGUCGCGGAAGAAUCUCGUUCCAUCUUCCAACUGUCGUCGUCUAUAUUAGGCCGCCCUGUAUCAGCCCCCCUCCCCCCUGCCCCAUUGUUAUUAAUAACGUUACUCCCGCGGCAAAAAUCUGAGAGGAAACCGAUCACGUAGGGAAACGCAUCGUUGCACGAAAAAACAAUUUCAGUCCGUGUAAUGGGGAUCAGACGAAAAAUUCGUCGAUAGGAAGUAACAUCUCCGUUACUGUGACCGAAAACAUUCGUCCGAACAUUCAGCUGCAUCAAAACGUAGAAAUCUUUCUGUUCCUACACUGACAGAAGAAAAUAUCUGUAAAAUAAAUAAUAUUUAUUCUAAGUAGAUACUGAUAACAUGUUUACUUUUGCUGAUAUAAAAUAUUUUUUAAGGGAGGAAUAGACUUUUCUUUAAUCUUAGCUUUUCAUGAAAACAAUCGUUUUUCCGAUUUAUAAAUAAAAAAAAAUUUAGAUUUAAGCAAAUAUAGUUGUAAAUAUCUAUCGAAUAAAUAUUUGCUUAUUUUACAGAUAUUUUUUGCUCUCAGUGUAUAACCGAGUUUUUCAUCUGGUCUCCAAGUAAUAGAAAAUUCAAUUACACUAACGAAGUUGUUUCUUCCGUCGCAUGCUCGUUUCGCGAUUGACGCGCAUCAUACAUCCUUAGUGGUGUCCUUAGAAGAUAGACCAUUCUUUAGAUUUGUUUAGUUCGGCUUACAGACCUCUCAAAAUGGCGGAACCAAUCAUAGGAUUCAUUAUAUCGCGAGAUUAUGAAGCGACUCAAUUAAUAGAUUUCACUUUUUUGAAAAAGGAUAUAAUUCUUUAUUUUACGUUCAGUAAGUUGCUAUUGACUAUACACUAACUUUUAUUGGAGAGUUGUUGACAAUAAGAACUUCAGAAACCAAAGUUUAUUAUAAAUCUUGGCGCCAAAAUUUCUUAUAAUCUUGACCACUACAUUAAAUACGCCAUUUUGAGGAGCGAGUCCAAGUUCUAUCCUGUAGGGAUACUAACCCUUAGUACAUACACACCCUCGUCGUAGAUCUUCGCACGUAUCUGCGGACGUACGACGUUCGCUUCUCACCGCAGUGCACGUUGUGUUAAUGCUCGUUGUUCACCGCGACAGUCCCAAGACUCGUCCGAUCCUGUGUUUCUCGCGAGAGGCGAGAAAAUCGCGCGGCUCUUGGCGAGCAAAUUGCGGUGAGAAUGCGGGCUCUCGUGUCACCCUGUCGCACAUCGUGAAUAUCACCGGGACCAAUCCGUGAAACUCCUCUGCCCUCCCCCGAGACAAGAAGAAAAAAAAUUCGCGAAAGAUAUCAUUUGUAAUAUCAGCGGUAGAAACGUAUCCCCGCCCUUUUGCACACGGAGUGCGCUCCAGGGAGCACUACCGGUUACAGCCCCGUUCCUGUAACAGUAGUAGCUGACCGCCACUUUCUACGUCGUAUAUAUCUGCGUGUUGUGCCUGUGUGAGGAGAAGGGGGAGAAGGAAGUGCAGAAGAGAACGAUAAAAGCAUAUCAUAUAUAGGCGUGUGCGAUCGAGUGAAAAUACACCGUUUUCGCCGAACAGUCGGCGAGCCCUUGGCGAACAAUCGUCGCUUGUGUGUCCGACAACGGAUUUAACCGUAACUGCGCGUUCACGAAUUCUCUCGCAAAAGUGCGUUCCGGACUCUUCACGGUCUCAAUUCGCGUAAUUCAUCAACUCCAGCUGGACAACUGGACUCGGCCGCGCAAUAACGACCGUUACCGUCGCUCUCUCUCCUCGAUCCGAUUCCGCGGUAACGAAAAGUGACUCGCGUGUGUCGAUGGCGAUAUUAACGAGCCCGUAAGGAGGCAUUCUUUUCGAGCGCAGGAGACCUCGACAAUUGGAUCGAUACAUUGUAUAUAUCCCGCGCAUUGCAAAUCUGUCUGCUUCAAAGAGACGCGUCGGUUUAUUCGAAUAACACUAAUAACGUGCGACUCAUCUCUCCUUAUGUAGAAUAAAAUGUAAGUGUAGUACUCUGUGGUAUACACAUACGUACGUAUUGUAACCUCGAUAUUUUAUUGCGCACAAUCGUAAAGUUGCUUUUGUGUGUGUGCAUAUAUGUAUACAUAUACACAUAUAUACAUAUACAUACAUACAUGUGUGUGUGUGUGUGUGUGUGUGUGUGUGUGUG